CACAUAAGCACAUAAAUAGAGCGCGCACUCUGCGGAUAAGGUAAAACUGCUGCUUGUUUGUCACUUUUGACGUAUCUUUCCGCAAAAUGACCAUCAUUCAUUUCUCGAUCGAAUAUGAUGCAAUCAAUCGUCAAAACAUUUUCACAAACGGUGAUACCGUCAGAGGAAGAAUCAUUGUGGAGGUGUUAAAAGAAACUCGAAUCAAUUCGCUGACUUUGAUAGCAAAAGCAAAAGGAGAAGCCCAUUCGUCCAAUGAAGACAGCAGUUUUAGUGUUUACGAGAAAUACUACACCAUCAGACGUCAACUCUUGGAAGAAGCAAGACAAGAUGGUGAAACGUUUGACAGUACUAAAGUUAUCACUCGAGGAAGACACAUAUUUCCUUUUUCCUUCAAGAUUCCUGACAGAGAAAUGCCAUCGUCCUUCAAAUGCGCUUUAUGUAAAAUUGUUCAUAAGUUGAAGGCAGAGCUCAAACAACCACUGAAGCUGCGAAAAAAGGCUGAAACUCACUUCAAAUUUGUCUCCAAACCAACUAUGGAUAUUUCUGGACAUAUGGUGCCUUGGUACGGUUGCAGUCAGACAAACGUCAAAUUCUUUGGCUCUGGAACAGUUACAAUGGACGUUUACACUGACAGAAUAGCAUACAAGCAAGGUGAAACACUCACAGUCCGGGCUGAAAUUCAAAACCAUUCAACACGUUCAGUGACGCCAACGUUAAAGUUCUAUCUCAAGGAAAAUUCCUUUGGAAACGGUCUGCAAAGUAUCGUUGUAAAAAAGAUCCUCCAGAUGGAGUCCAAGGCUGUUGCGGCCAGUAGCAAAGACACGGUGAUGAAGAAAAUCCCCAUCCCCAGACGACUACCACCCUCCAUCUUGAACAGCUGCAUUUUCAGGCUGGAAUAUGAGCUGAAGGUCUAUGUGGAUAUCAAGUACACAGUAGAUGAUGGGGUCAUAAUUCCAAUUGUUGUCCUUCCUGACCUACAACAUCAGCCAAGUUCAGCGACAUUUCCCGUUGAAGCGUCCGAGAACACCAACCAUCCGACUUUGAGCAACAUAUCCCAACAACAUGCAACACAUCCACCUUUGGACUCUCCUCCUUCUUAUGACACCUUGUUCCCUUCCUAGUGUGGUUCUGACAUAAAUGGAAGUCGACCGAUUAAAAAAA